AUGUCCUCAGAACAACAACAAGAGCAACAACGAGACCUCCCCCCACAUCUCAACCCAUCAAACUACCCUCAAGCCCGCACCCACCCCUCCCUCAACAUCCACCUCACCCUAACCUACGCCCCCCUAAACCCAACCACCCACAUAACCGACAUAUCGUCCCCCUCCGCCGGCGCAAACCUCCUCUUCCUCGGCACAACCCGCGACAGCUUCGACCACCGCCCCGUCACAACCCUCAGCUACACGACCUACCCGAUCCUCGCGUUCAAAACGCUCAUGCAGAUUGCCGAGAACGCGGUUGCAGAGCACGGGCUACUGGGGGUUAGUAUUGCGCAUCGGCUGGGUGAGGUGCCGGUUGGUGAGUGUUCGAUUGUGGUUGGUGUUAGUGCGGGGCACCGGGGGGCGGCGUUUCGGGGUGGGGAGGAGGUGCUGGAGAGGUGUAAGGAGAGGGUGGAGGUCUGGAAGAGGGAGGUUUUUGGGGAUGGGGGGAGUGAGUGGAGGGCGAAUGAGGAGAGAGAUCGGGAUGGGAAUUUGAAAUAA